AGUACCAAAGUCCUAUAACAGUAGUGUAUACUGGGGCGGAGUGAGUGAGAACCAAACCCGGACUCAUCUGCGUCUUCAGUUGUACUAGAAGCAGGUUGUCUGGGGCUUACCUUAACUGGUCCUGAGCUUGCUGGGUAGGAUUUAGAAUGUUGCAUGGACCUGCGACGGGAACAGCACAACCAACCCUGCAAGGAAAAGUAGUGUAAGGUCGGUGGGGGUGUUUUAGUUAUUAGGAGUGUCCUGUGGUUGACUACACCCCUUGUAACUUGAAGCACUGCAGCGGUGUUUUUAUCUGUCGUUGCAUCUGCUGCAUUUAAUUUGUACUUGACUCAUCAUGCCUGGAAAGCAAGGAGUUGGAACCACAAACAGUCUGUGAUCGUCUUCGAACCUUGUCUUUUCUCGAUCGAAUUGUGUUUAAGAAAAAGCAAAUUUCUGCAGGAACGGUGUAACGGGCUCGCCUGUUUGACCAAGGGGAUUAUCUGACCUCCAAGGAAUGGAGAGGGAAGGAGACAAAGAACAGAACCAGGCCCAUGUGCUCUUUGAUCAGCUGUUGCAGGCAAAGACUUGCAAGGACACAGUGCAGGACUUUCAAGAACUCUGUAAGUGCCUAGAUUUGGACCCUACGGAGUACAAGGACUUCUACCACAAACUCAAGUCCUGCCUCAACUACUGGAAAGCAAAGGCCUUAUGGGCCAAACUGGAUAAGAGGGCAAGUCACCCGGACUACUUGCAGGGCCAGGCUUGUGCCGCAACAAAGUGUUUGGUUGUAGGUGCAGGACCUUGUGGCCUUCGUGUUGCAAUUGAACUUGCUUUUCUUGGUGCGAAGGUGAUUGUAGUUGACAAGCGAGAUAUUUUCUCAAGAAACAAUGUCCUUCAUCUUUGGCCUUUCACCAUCCAUGAUCUCCGAGCCCUUGGAGCCAAGAAAUUCUAUGGAAAAUUUUGCACAGGCACACUGGAUCAUGUUAGUAUCCGUCAACUGCAGCUGAUCCUAUUGAAGAUAGCUCUGAUUGUGGGAGUGGAAGUUCAUGUGAAUGUGGAGUUCCAAGGAUUUAUUGAGCCAUCAAAGCAUCCAGAUGAAGGAGCAGGGAAAGGCUGGAGAGCGGCUGUGAAACCAGACACUCAUCAAGUUUCUCAGUUUGAAUUUGAUGUCCUCAUCUCUGCUGGUGGAGGGAGAUUUGUACCAGAAGGUUUCAAGAAAAAAGAGCUACGAGGAAAGCUAGCUAUUGGAAUCACUGCCAAUUUUAUUAAUCGGCACACUGCAGCCGAGGCAAAAGUUGAAGAAAUCAGUGGGGUUGCACGCAUUUACAAUCAGAAAUUCUUUCGAAACUUGUACAACAAAACCGGCAUUGAUCUGGAGAACAUUGUGUACUACAAGGAUGAUACUCACUAUUUCAUCAUGACGGCCAAAAAAGACAGCCUGCUGAAGAAAGGCAUCAUAUUACAGGAUCAUCAGGACAUCGAGCAACUCCUUUCCGAGUCGAACACCAAUCAAGAAGCUUUGCUGCAGUACGCGCGUGAGGCUGCCGCUUUCUCCACCCAUUACCAGCUCCCUGACAUGGUGUUUGCAUUGAACCACAGGAACAAACCAGACGUGGAUAUGUUCGAUUUUACCUGCAUGUACCGGUCUGAGUAUGCCGCCAUUGUCAAAGAAAGAGGUGGGCACCGCUUACUAGUGGGACUUGUGGGAGACUGCUUGGUAGAGCCAUUCUGGCCUUUAGGAACAGGCGUUGCACGGGGCUUUCUAGCUGCAUUUGACACUGCUUGGAUGGUGAAGAGCUGGGCCAGAGGAAACCCUCCACUAAAUGUCCUGGCUGAAAGGGAGAGCCUUUACCAGCUGUUAUCGCAGACUUCCCCAGACAACACUAGUAAGAACGUUAGCCUGUAUAGUAUCAAUCCUACAACUAGGUAUCCAAACGUCAUCCUCGGGGCCUUCAAACCACAGCAGGUUCAACAUUUAUAUGACAAGGGCAGCGUGAAGCAGAGCAUUCCAGAGGCUCAGCCGCUGCAGAAAGGCCGGAAGGAUUCUGCAGGUGGUUAUGACGGACUGUUAAAAUGGUGUCGACAUCAUACAGCAAGGUACAAGAAUGUUAAUGUAACAGAUCUGACCAAGUCGUGGAAAAGCGGCCUUGCACUCUGUGCUCUUAUUCAUCACUUUCGUCCAGAUCUCAUUAAUUUUGACAAACUGGAUGAAAAGGAUAUUGCAGGGAAUAACCAGAAAGCCUUUGAUGUGGCGGAGCAGGAACUAGGAAUCUCUCCAAUUAUGACCGUCUCCGACAUGCUAGCAGAAUCUGAGCCAGAUAAGCUCAGCAUGGUCAUGUACCUGACCCAGUUCUAUGAGGUUUUCAAAGCAUUGCCACCUCCCAAUGAAUUUAAAGAUGAUGAAGAAAAGAACACCACCUUUACUGGUACAAAAUCAGCCAUCUUAAUCCUUAACCAACUGAGAAAAACUGCAACCAUCCCACGCAAAAUUACGAAGAACAUUGAGCCAAAUGACUUGAAAAGCAAAGACCAGACCUCAGAUGUUACAGAAAUCAAGUCAAAAGGAGAAUUAGUUGGAACAGUUUCUCCUCCACAUCUGCAUGAAGUGGUACAUGAGAAGAACUCUCAAAAGACCUAUUCUGUGAAAGUAAACCAGCCACAGGACACAGUGCAAUCUCAACAUUCAUGGCUUCAUUCCCCACAGUCCAAAGAGGUAACAAACAGCAGUGACAAGUGUUACUUCUGUGCGAAGAGGGUCUAUGUGCUGGAACGAGUUAGUGCUGAUGGCAGGUUCUUUCACAGAGGCUGCUUUAAAUGUCACCACUGUGGUACCACACUGCGAUUCGGCAAUUAUGUCUUUGAUGAAGAUGAUGGGCAUUUCUACUGCAUGCUGCAUUAUUCUUAUCAUCUUUCUGGGUAUAUGCAAGGUUCAAGACCAGAAGCCACAUCUAUCAAGCUUGACUCUGACUCAGCACAAUGUGCGGAAAAGCAGCAUCAAUCUUCAGUAAAUACACAGCAACGGAAGAUCUCCAAAUUGCACAGUGACAAAGAACUAUCGAAUGACCUGCCAUCUAGAAGUAUACGGCAAAGCUUACCUUCUUCAGAGUUAAAACAGGAUAUUGAAAAGCAACCAUCGUUAUCACUGGAGGAAAAGAAUAUGUGCCACGUGUGUAAGCAACGUGUAUAUGUGGCAGAGAGGAUCAGUGUUGAAGAAAAGUCCUUCCACCGUACUUGUUUCAGGUGCAAGUACUGCAAUACAGCCUUGCGCCUUGACAACUGUGCUUUCCAUGAAGAAAAUGGAAAUUUCUACUGCAAGCAGCAUUACCUAACUUAUUUUGUCACGAGUCAGAAGAAGAAGAAGGAACAGUCUGAUGAUAUGAAGAUCGAGAAAAAUGUGAAGAUAGCAGAACAUCCUGUCAUAUUAAAUAGGUCUGAUGACGAUAAAGGGUUAUCUGACAUAUCCAUCAAUGCUAAAGAGGUUUCAGAGCUCGACAGUGGUCAGCAGAUCACUGAUGAAUUAACCAGGGCUGCAAAACUAUGGGAAGAAGCUGAGAUGGGUGGUGGUGAUGAAGCCAAUGGUGAGGAAGCUGAAGAAGAAUCAAGUGAUGAGGAGGAAGAUCUUAAUACAGAAGCCUUAGAAGAGAAGUACAAGAUGCUAACAUUGAACCAGCAAGAAUCACCAACCUGGCUGAAACGCACUCUGGAAAGACGAGCCAAGACACAAGAAGCAAACAGAUUUCACAAGGCACAGAUGAUCCAGCGACUACUGGAGGAGCUGGAGGUGAAAUACAAAGAGCUGGAAGAAGAGGGUGUCCUCUUGGAGAAAGCACUGCGGAGUACUACAGAGGCAGGAGAUUCGAACAGGACCUCUCACAUGAUUGACCAGUGGCUCCAACUGGUACAGGAGAAGAACGCCCUAAUCGCAGAGGAAUCUGAACUCAUGAUUACAUCUCGUUAUUUAGAGCUAGAGGAUCGCCAGAGUCGUUUGGAUCAACAGCUGAUACGAUACAGUAACAUGGAUGAUUCAAAGAAAACUGAUUACGAUCGUGCAAAAGAAGAGCGUAUUCUGAAGGAGAAGUUGGAAGUGGUCCACAUGCGGGAUGCACUUAUUACGAUCCUGGAGGAGCAGAGGUUACAGGAAAUGAAUGAUGAACAGCAGAGGCAAGCAGCAAGGUGUAAAAGUAAAAAGCCAAGGGUGUUAUCCUUUCACUGGAUAUAAAAUGAGGUGCAAAACUGGUAGAGUGCUUUGUCUGGAUACUUACUAGCUGGUGUAUUACUCGAGUCCAACACUGGCUGUACUGGCACAAAUCCAUCAUGGAGACUAUUUAAUGAAACUGAUUAAAAAACUGUAGUAUUUAGUUUCUCUCUUAUCUUAUAUGAAGACCUACUCUGCCUUUCUGGCAGUGAAGUGGUCUGGAAAUGUUCAUGUAAAAAAGACAUUUGCUUUAUUUGCAAGAAUAUGCAGUCUGUGUAUAAAGGCACUUUAAACAAUAAUUUGAUUCUGUACAUAUAUGGAGCAUUUUGUAUAAAAGUACGUUUGAUUCUGGGUUUCUGUUUUACUUUGGUGACCCAGAAUGCUUUGCUUUGUGUUUUAUAAAACUGCUGGUAAUUUACAUUUCUUGGAGCUCCGGCUAAGGAGCCGCUAUCUUCAGAUGGUCAUUCUGCUCUCAUUUCAUCAUCAGAUUCCCCUCAUUAUGCCAGACUGUGUGUUGUGCCUGAGGUCAGGGACCUGUAAAUUUGGUACAUUUCUUUUGCAGGAGCUGUAGUGCCUCUGUUGGAGUGGUAAAGGUUGGGGAAGGAACCCACCGCAGUUAUUGCUAGGCCAGCUGUUAUAAACAUGGAAAUGCUGUCAUAAAUUGCCACACUAAACGUUUUAUGUUGCUUCAUUGGAUUCCGGCUCUUAGCAGUAGCUCCCAUGCAAGUGCAUGAGAUUGCAGAUAUUCUUGCUGCUGCAUUCAAAGGUAGUAUUUUAGUACAUUCCUGCUGAAGCCAUCUCUGGCAUCCUGCGCUUACCAAGAGAAGGAGGGGAUGACUUUGCAGUAGUAUUUAUUACUUAGCCUGUCCUGAGUUUUGAAUCUGGAAUCAUUUAACCUCUAUAGUAUUCAUAUGCUAAUCAUAUAUGUGGCAAUUAGGCACAUCUGAGCAAAUACCACCAAAAGACACCUUGUGCGUUAGCUUGUCCGUGUAAAAAGCAGUAACAAGCUUUGUUAAAGGUCUGCCCUUUUCUCAUAUGAUUAAAUAUGAUCUUCGACCAGAUUAAACAAGUCAUUGUUCUGUCUGGUAAAUUUGGGAGAAGAGUUUUAAAACAAUCACAUACCAGCUGUUUUUACUUGGUUUAGCCUUUUUCCCUGAUAAUUGACACAGGGAUUUGCACUUUUUGUGCUCUGUGUUGUAUGUCAACAGUGAGGGACUAGAGAAAGUAAUUCUCAUUUUAAUUUUAAUAACUUUAUUGAUUUAUCACUUAAGACAUACGCAAACCUGCAUUUAUAUAAAAGAGAAAAAAACAUAUUAGCAUAUUCCCAGUUGCAAAUAUUAUACAUCAGAUGUAUUCUUUUGCAUAUUUAUCAACAAUCUAACAGUGACCAAUUCCAGCCUUCACUUAAACCUCACUCCUCCUACAAAGCACUGUUCUGCAUGUAUUGUUCCCAGAGUUUCCAUUUUUUGUGUAAUUUGCUUCUACUGUUUUCUAAAGAUCCCACUUCCAGUUCUUUUAUCUCUGUUACAAUAUUCAGUAUUUCAAAUAGUUGUUUUACACUUUGAUUUCCAUUUUCUAGUGGUUGCUUUUUUGGCAGCCACCAAAAUUAUACUUAACAAGGUAUUGCUAUGUGUAGGCAAGUCAUAUCUUUAUCCCAGUUCAAAAAAAUCAUUUCCUUAGUUAUACCCAUUUGGUGGCACAAUGUUUCUGACAGAGUACUCCGUAUGGCUUUUUUUUAAAGUCUGCCAACUCA